ACAGAUCGAAAUUAUUUACAUUUUUUGCGAUAUUUCUGUUAAUAUUAUUUGAUAUAAUUAUUAUUUAUUAUGCAGUCCGUAGUUACGUUUGAGAAGCCCCUACCUCAUCUUAGCUUGGCCGACUGGGACGCGCGGUUGUACGAUUUGCAGGUUACUGCUGACACCAGAAGAGCGGACGCAUUCGACCUGCGUCACAGCGCGCGGCAGCUUCGCAAUGAAACCAGAAUAAAGACAGAAUGGGACACCUACCACAACAACAACCGUCUUCAAGCAAGGAUAUACGAGAUCGAGCAAUGGAUAUCCACAAUCAAAGAGUUACUCGACCGAAUUGACAGAGAGAUGAACGCUCUAAAAGAAGAGAAGGCAUCAACGGAGAGAGAGUUGGAGCAGCUCAAUAUGCCUCUUCUGGUCACUUCUGAGUGUCUCUCCAAUAGAGACGGGAGAAGAAGUACAGAAUUGACUUACGAUUUAGCUGACACAGAGUUGAAAAAGGAACUCUGCGUGAUAGAAAGCAACAAGAAGAUGCUUAUAGAUCGUUGUCAAUCAGCAUGGGAGAAGAUCAAUCGACUGGAGGUGGUGAAAUUCAAGCUACAGCUCGACCUGAACGAUAAGAACGAAGCACUGCAGAUUGAUAAGGACAUGGUCAGCCUGGAUAAGGACUGCGCGAAUAUCACAUACAAGACGAACUCUCUGAAGACGCCUAAUCGUAUGAUAACGAAUGCCCAAUGGCUGGAGAAGUGCGAGGCGACGAGGAAGAUGGCGGUAGACGAGCUCCAAGACACCCUGAAACUACGGGAGUCCCUGUUCGUGGCGCGGGGGAAAGCCAGGAACGCGCUGCGGGCGCAGACCGACGUUACCAACUAUAUGAUGCGCCGCCGAGUGUACGAUACGCAACGCGCGAGGAACGAGUUGCAGUGGCAGAAGAUGAAGAUGGAAGAGAACAUGGACAAACUGUCCAAGGAUUUGAAGAUUAUGGGAGAACAAUUCGCCGAUAAGGUGAACGCUAUGAAAGUAGCUGAGACGCGGCUGGCGACUCGUGCGUAUAGACCGGGGAUCGAAUUGGCGGCCGACGAGGCGGAUCUGGGACUGAAGGAAGAGGUGCGGAACCUGAGGGAGUCCAUACGACAGCUGCAGGACAAGCUGGAUUGUGCCAAGGCUACUUACAAUGCUCUCGAGGCCGCCUCCAUCAAGAUAACCAUCGACCUGCAAGACAAGGAGCAGUCCCUGGACACGGACACGCGAGCCCUGGAGAUGAGGAGUGCCCUGGAGACGAAGCGGCCCCAGGGCACCGACAGGAACCUGGUGCUGGCGAAAGUGGAGGAUGAGGUGCCGAAGGUUGACAUGUGAUAGUGUGAUGUAGGGUUGCCAGCUUUUUAGAUUUUUUUUACUUUGAGAUUUUUGAUGGUGGUCUGAUUUAGAGAAUAAAUUUUAAUGGCAGUA